GGAGAGAGAGAGAGCAGGGGGGCGAGAGAGGCUCGCGUGCCUGUGUGAAGUAGAGGGAGAGAGAGUGGUAGAGAGAGGUAGACUGGGAGCAGGGGGAGGUGUAGCAGCUGAAGCUAAAGCUAACUAGCCAUGUUGCUGUCGCCGCUGCUGCUGCUGCUCCUCCCGCUGCUGCUGGUGUGUGACUGCUAGCGGGCCGCCCUGGACUCCCUAUCCGCCCUUAGGUGCAUCAUGCCCGGCUGGAAGAAGAACAUCCCGGCCUGUCUCCAACCGGACCAGGAGGGAGAUGAAGGGCCGUACACCAAACACUCCACCGGGUCCAGACCUCUGGACGGAGCGCUGGCCAUCAGGAGGCAGAGUAUACCAGAUGAGUUUCGGGGCUGCACAGUGGUGGAGUUGAUGAAGAAGGAGGGAACGACGCUCGGAUUGACGGUUUCAGGUGGAAUCGAUAAAGAUGGGAAGCCCCGGGUUUCAAACCUGCGACAGGGAGGCAUCGCUGCCAGGAGCGACCAGCUGAACGUGGGUGACUACAUCCGCUCGGUGAACGGCAUCAACCUGGCCAAGUUCAGGCACGAUGAGAUCAUCAGUCUACUGAAGAACGUCGGGGAGCGAGUCGUUCUGGAGGUGGAGUACGAGCUGCCGCCCGUCUCCGUGCAGGGGUCAGGGGUCGUGUUUAAGAACGUGGAAGUCACGCUUCAUAAAGAGGGAAACGGCUUUGGCUUCGUCAUCAGAGGCGGAGCCCAUGAAGACAGGAACAAGUCUCGACCCAUCGUCAUAACAACCACCAGACCUAGCGGGCCGGCCGACAGAGAAGGAACUAUUAAGCCGGGUGAUCGGUUACUAAGCAUCGAUGGGAUCCGUCUUCAUGGCAGCACGCUGUCCGAAGCCAUGAGCAUCCUGAAGCAGUGCGGACAGGAAGCCACGCUGCUGAUCGAGUACGACGUGUCAGUGAUGGACUCCGUUGCUACGGCAUCUGGACCACUGCUGGUUGAGGUUGCCAAGGCGACAGGCUCCAGUCUGGGCGUGGCCUUGUCCACCUCUAUGUUCUGCAGCAAGCAGGUCAUCAUCAUCGACAAGGUGAAACCUGCCAGUAUAGCAGACAGGUGCGGCGCUCUUCACGCAGGAGAUCACAUCCUGUCCGUCGACGGGAAGUCGAUGGAGUUUUGUUCUCUGGCUGAAGCCACUCAGCUGCUCUCUGCUUCCUGUCAGACCGUCCGCAUGGAGAUCCUGCCCCAGCACCAGGCCCGACCGGCCCUGAACGCACCGCAGCAUGUCAAGGUGCAGCGCAGUCCCCGCCCCCUUCCCUGGGAAACUGGAUGCUCCGCCCCUAUCCUCCCUCCCUACCACUACAACACCUACCACCCCGACCAAUCAGGGGCCAGAUCGCACAACCGCCAUACAAACAACCCUCCUCUCAGCCACUCGUUCUCUCCCGGCUCCAUGUCAGCCUAUAGUCUCUCGUCCCUCAACAUGAGCACCCUGCCCAGGAACAUGUAUCCAACGAGUCCACGCAGCACCAUGAUGAGGAGGAAGGCCAAGAAGAAGGACUUCAAGAGUUCCUUGUCCCUGGCAUCCAGCACCGUGGGGCUCGCCGGUCAGGUGGUCCACACGGAAACAACAGAGGUGAUGUUGCGAGGCGACGGCAUCAUGGGGUUCGGCUUGCAGCUGCAGGGCGGAGUCUUCGCCACGGAAACGCUGUCGUCGCCACCCCUCAUCGCCUACAUCGACCCGGACAGCCCCGCUGAGCGGUGCGGGAUUCUGCAGAUCGGCGACAGGAUCCUGUCCAUCAACGGCAUCCCGACGGAAGACUCGACUCUGGAGGAAACCAAUCAGCUGCUCAGAGAUUCGUCCAUCACCGCUCAGCUCACGCUGGAGAUCGAGUUUGACGUUGCAGAGUCGGUCAUCCCCAGUUCAGGAACGUUCCACGUGAAGCUCCCAAAGAAACCAGGAGUGGAGCUGGGAAUCACCAUCAGCUCUCCAUCCAACAGGAAACCAGGGGACCCUCUGAUCAUUUCUGACAUAAAGAAAGGCAGCGUCGCUCACAGGACGGGGACGUUGGAGCUGGGAGACAAGCUGCUGGCCAUCGAUAACAUUCGAGUGGAAAACUGCUCCAUGGAGGAAGCUGUCCAGAUCCUCCAGCAGUGCGAGGAGCUCGUCAAACUGAAGAUCCGCAAAGACGAAGACAACUCAGACGAGCAGGAGGUGUCUGGCAGCAUCAUCUACACGGUGGAGCUGCAGAGGUACGGAGGCCCGCUGGGGAUCACCAUCUCAGGCACCGAGGAGCCCUUCGACCCCAUCAUCAUCUCCUCACUGAGCAAGGGAGGCCUGGCCGAGAGGACCGGGGCGAUCCACGUGGGCGACCGUAUCCUGGCGAUCAACAGCAGCAGUCUCAAGGGGAAACCACUGAGCGAAGCCAUCAGUCUGCUGCAGCAGGCGGGAGAGACAGUCACUCUGAAGAUCAAGAAGCAGGGCGAGCUCUCGAGUCCAAAAUCCUGCGUGAUUGGUUCCAGCCUGGGGUCAGGGGCGGGGCUUAACCAGGAGAACCAGGACGGGGAGGAGGAGCCUGUUAUUAUAGUGGCACCUCCAACAAGCCAGAGAGCGUUCAGCACUCUGCCUUCUGUGGACAGCGCUGUGGAGUCGUGGGACGGGUCCAACAUGGACAGCAGCUUCACCACCGCCGCUCCAUCCUUUCAGUCGUCUCCAUUCACUUUCCACGAGUGGCGCAACCUCAAGACGACCAACAGCCAGUUGUCCUCCUCUGCUCGACAGAGAGCUAAUCCGCUGUCAGAUCUGGGACUGAGCGAUGACGACUGGGACCGCCCAACACUCGGAGGGUUCACUGUGGGACAUGAUGGGACAGAACCAGACCAGGAGGAGAACUUCUGGUCUCAGGCACUGGAAGAUUUAGAGACCUGCGGCCAGAGUGGUAUCCUCAGAGAGCUGGAGGCAACAAUCAUGUCAGGCUCCACCCUCAGUCUUAACCAUGACCCCACCCCGAUGCGAAACACACUUGGUCGCCAGGCGAGUUUCCAGGAACGCAGUAAUUCCAAACCACAGGUGACCCCUCGAUCCAACACCUUGCCAUCCGACCCUCAGCGCCGAGCCUUUGCUAUGAGGAAGAUGAGGCAGGAAGUCAAUGACAUCUUAAACCAGAACCCUGUAGAACUCCACAAGCUCACUUUGGAGAAGGCCACAGACUUGGAGGAUUUUGGUUUCAGUGUUUCUGACGGUUUGUUGGACAGAGGCGUUUACGUAAACAACAUCCGACCGGGAGGCCCCGCUGAACGGGGCGGCCUCCGUGCCUACGACCGAAUACUACAGAUCAACCACGUUCGGACCAGGGACUUUGAUUGCUGCCUCGUCGUUCCUCUCAUUGCAGAGUCUCUAAACCGCUUGGAGCUCGUCAUCAGCCGAAAUCCCUGCUCUUCCUCCCCCUCUCCACUGGCCAAUCACAACGACAGCACCACCAACAGCCACUCCCAUAAGCCAAUCGGCAGUGAGCUCGGCCCAUCAGAGCUCUCUAUUGACCAGGGAGAAGAUGGCAGUCCCAUCAAGUGGAACCAACCAGGAGAUGGGUUGGGGGUUGGGCAGGUUACCAACAAUUCCUUAUAGCAGAUAAAAAUUUGAUCGAACUGGAUUCAACCAGUUAUGACUAGACUUGACAAGAAAAGUCAGUGAGGAGCAUAGUGCAACUAUAUUGAAAGCAAACUGGUUUAUAUGUGUGGAAACUGGUUCAAAGUGAAGCUCCCAUGGUGCUACACACACCCUCUGGAAGAUGUUUGGCCUUUGACCCUUGAACUGCAGAAGCAGCCUGAAAGCACACCACUGGACAGAAGAAACUCCUCAUAUUUCACCUGAACUAGUUCUGCGUACAGCUACAACUGGUCUCGCUGGAACCAGAAUUCUAACUGCUUAAACUGCUGAAACCACAGCUGGAGCUGGUGGCCUAACUGGUCCAAUAUGUGUGGUUACUGGUCCCAGUACCCAGGAGCCAUGGCUGCUGGUUCUGCUGAAGUCACAACCACGGCCUACAACUAUGUUUUCUGGUCCCUCUGAAACCAGUGUGGCUGAUCUGGAACAAUAUUUGGUUCUAGAAGUCUAGACCUAAGGCUGGUUGUCCUACCAGAGCUAGAGCUGUACCCAGUGGGCUUACAGGUCAAAGACAGUGGGUUCUGGUCUUGGUGGGAUAAGACUUUUACAUCUUGUUCCACCAAAGUCAGAGCCACAGUCUUAGAGCCUCUGAUCUUAGCUGCCCCAAGACACAGUCCUGGUUCAUGGCCUUAGGGUAACAGAACCAAGAGUACUAGUCCCACUGGGGCCAACGCCACAGCCACUGGUGUUAAUGAUUCAAGUCAUAUAAGUACUGGUCUUAUAAGUGGCAGAACCAUGGUUUUUGUUUAAUCUGAUGUCUAAGCCACAAAUAGUCUUCAUGGUUCAAGACAUGGUUCCGGUCUUUUUGGUCAGGGUACUAAUACUGAAAUAGAAAUGUGGUCAGGGGUCCAGAGCCAUGGCUCCUAGGCUUCUGGUUUUAAUGGUUAAAAACCACAGCAACACAAUGACUGAUGGGAUCUGAGUCCAGAGCCUGCUGAUGGACUGAAAGGUUGCCAAGGAGACUAGGGAUGCUCCAAUCAGUACCCAGAGCUGAUGUUCAUAGGAUUACUUGAACCAAUGCUGAUUAGCGACUAAAUCCACCACUUCAAUAACAUCUACAAACUGGAAUCACUGGUUGACAACAUAUUACACUGCUCUUUGCUUUAGAAAAUACAACAAGUAGAGAAGCAGCUUCAUUAAGACUUUGGUAUGCCUGAAACUACUGAAUGGGUGCUUGAUAUUUUAUAGUUAAUGGAAAUGAAAGUCUGACAUUAUUUAAGAAUCUAAUGAUCACUUUGUUUUGCUGCUGCCUGCUGAUCCAAACAAAACCUAGGAGGGAAUAAAAGGCAAGAAGAAAGAGGGUAUGAAUCUAAUAAUGGAUGGCUCUACUGAACUAAAAGUUCUAGUUUAAUCCCUUAACGCCUGACCCAGUAAAUAAUGGAAAGGAAAUUCUCUUUUUUUUUAUCUGAAGUAUUUAUUCAGUCCUUUAACAAAAUAUGAAAAAAAAAAAUAUAUAUAUAUUGCGUAAAUGUGCAUUUUAUUGCUGUGUGAUGUCAGAAUUGUUAUAGUGCCAAAGGGAUCCACCAGAGGGCAAUUUUUACCAUAAACUGAUGCAAACGUGGUAUGUAUCAAAUAUGAUAAAUCAGGCGUUAAGGGGUUAAACAUGAGAUUCAGGAUGUUUGGGGUUAAUUGUGAGUCUUUAGAUGGUUAGGUGUAAGUAUGAGGGUGAAAAUGAACAAUUUCUGGAGAUCAGAUAUCAUUGAUGGAAGGUAGGAUACGCUAAAGCAGGGGUGCCCAAGUUUGGUCCUUGAGAUCUACCAUCCUGCAACUUUUAGAUGCAACCCUUCUCCAACACGCUUGAGUCAGAUGUCAUCUGCAUGUCAUUCAGCUCUGCAGAGGCCUGGUAAUGAGCCAGUCACUUGAUUCAGGUGUGUUGGAGAAGGGUUGUAUCUAAAAGUUGCAGGAUGGUAGAUUUCAAGGACCGGACUUCGGCACCUCUGUGCUAAAGGACGGUUUUGACAAAGAAAAGAGAAGUUGCAACUGCUAAGUAAUAAGUAAACCUGAUGAUUGAUAAGAUCCAAAAAAUAUCUCAGUAGCUCCCCUGGCAGCAUAAUAUUGAAUAAAAAAGUCCCUGAUUGUGGGACUGUACUCUGAAAAGUGAAUGAGACUUUCAGAUGUGAUAUAUUUGGUCAUCACUACACAUUUUUCUUUUAUUCCUUGUUCAAAUCAGCUGAUACUAAGUGGAGCAUCCCUAACAAAACAGACAAAAACAGAAAGAUUACCAUUAAGAUUUUAAUUUUGUGCCAUAAAUGAGCUGCGGAAUGGAAGAUAAAUGAUGACGAUGAUGAUGAUGAUGAUGAUGAUGAUGAUGAUGAUGAUACUGAGCAGUUCAAUAAGAAUCUUUUUCUACUGUUUACACCUGUUGGACUGGCCACACUGUGUAUGUAUGUGUGUGUGUUCGUGUGCGUUUUAUGUAUGUAUGUUAUGUGUGUGCAUUACACACAAGGCCAGUUAAGCCCCACCCGCCUCAAUUCCCCAUCUCGGCUCUUCCUUGCCUUCUCUACUUCCCUUGACCAAUAGACAGCCAGGAUGAAAGACGAUUGCAGUUCUGAGAGCUUCAGCUGAUUGGCUGGAACCAAUCAGAAAACAAACAUUUCCCUGCUUGUCUGCGAUUGGUUUGUUUAUGUGUUGAGGAGAACCAAUCAACUCCCAGAAAAGAGGCCAAGCAUGUCCCCACCCAGACUCCCCAUGUCCCCACCCCCCCCAGCUCCAGUAACAGUGAUCUAUUAUACUACUCAAUAGGUGUGUUUUUGAUUGACUGUUGUCAGUUCUCUCUGUUUGUUUGUUUCCAUGGCGACUGAACCUAAAAAGAUGUACAAUAGAUUUAAAAGAAAAAGGUUCCUGUCGCUGCUCUCAUAAACCAUGAAAUCCCAAAAACCUUCACCUCAUGACCACGAAAACAACGUUACACAAGAAAAAAAUUGGGAAACCUGUGACAGUAGGUAACUUGUCUGUGUGUUUGUGUGUUUGCACAUGUGCGUGAAUGAAUGUGGGUGUUUACUUUGGAUGUCAACAUCUUCCUGCUCUCACCUCAGUCUGAACUCACUAUUUACUCUGGCCAAUCAGGACCCUCCCUUGGCACCGAACCCUACCUGAACUGAACAAUCCAGUGUCUGCUCCCCAACAAGGUCCAUGCUGUGGAUUAGGAGAGCUGGGAUUGGUUGUUGAUGACUGUAAUGUUUUGGAAUUUAAGCACAUUGCCAGCAAGUGGCUAGCAAACAUUGAGCACAGGGUUAGCACCGCCAUAAUGUGUGGCAAAAUACACAGCACAAAGCUAAUCAGAAAUACUUCUACCAACUAAUAAUAAAAUAUAUUUACUGUCUGGUAAACAAGUGUUUGAUUAGCACAUAAUACAUAAUAAUUAAAGCUAUUAUGUGGUUAGCAUACAGCUAACACAAGGCUAACAUCUAGCUAACAUACCCUUGUAUUAGCACAGCCAAAGCAUAGUUAGCACAGACCUUUCACAAGGCUAAAACAGGGCUAAUCUAUUAAGUGAAGCUGUUACUAUGCAGGUAAUGUUAACACUUGGCUAUCACAGUUAUAAAUUAGCAUGUGGCUUAUACAGAAAGGAUAGGGUAUUCUGUUGGCACUCAGAAUUUGUAGUUUUGUAGUUUCCAACAGGUAAAAUAUACUGGAAAAACCAAGAGUUGGAUAGCUGACUUUGAAAUCCAACUUUGCUGUGAUAGCUGUAGUAAUGAACUAUUCAUUAGUGUCACUGUCAAUCUGUGUCCCAUGAAAUCAGUCAUACAUAGUAUUGUCUAAACUCUGUCAGCUUCUAUUGCUAAUACUAACUAGCCUGCUCAAUGAAUUCAACAAUGAGGAAAUUCUACUUUUUUCCCCACUUUUAAUUAGAAUACAGUAGCUCCACGAGACAAAAGGAAUGCAGCUCUAGACAAUAUGGUUAGCAUCAACCAAAACACAGCUAAUAUGAGGCUAUAACAAAUGUCCAUUUGCACAUACACAGUUACUGUAUGGUUAGUACACACCUUGAGUUUAGGUCUUAAUCAUAUAAACAUGGCAUUUGCUAACAUAGAGCUGACACCUAGAUUGCAAAACUAGGUAUUAGCAUAGGGCUAAAAUAAACACAUGACUAACACAUGGUUAACUUAGCCAAUGUACGUGGCCACUACUUGUAUUAAGUGCACAACUAGCACAGAGCUAACACAGCUCAUAUCCAGUUAGCACUACUGCUAAUAUUACAUAUGACAGAUGGAGAAAUUGAAAGUUUGCUAGUCAUUAGCAUUUUUAGCAUUUUAGUGUUCCAUUAAGACAACCAAUGGGAAUACCCACAGCACUGAGGAGCGUGGCUUCAUAAGGGUUUGAUGAGUGAGAUCUAAAGCCAUACACACUGUGUUUGUGCGUAUGUAAUAACGUGUGUGUUAGCGUGUGCAUUUGUAAGUGCGUGUGUGUGUGUGUAACAUUGCAGGGAUUUGCACUCGUGAUUCACCUCAGCAAGACAUCCACCCACACACACAGACACACACACACACACACACAUAUACACAUGCAUUGCACUGCCAUUUGAAAUAGUGGGUCAGAUUAGUUUCCAUGUAGCUUCACCAACCAAACUGUAUUUUUUUUCUUUAAAGGAACAGGGAUGUUGUAAAGUAUUUUUGUACAAAUUUAAUACUUUGGUAGCAUGACGUUCCUGGUGUUUGUCCUGGUCCUGUCGGGCUCCACUGAUCUUCUCCACCCCCCUUUGUAUGGACUACUACUGAGCAACAAUAAAGAUGAAGACUUGC